UGAAUAUCUAGGCUAAAUGUUCAGCAUCAUUUCGAGAAAAUAAAAAAAUUAUUUCACUUUAUUUAAAAGUUUUUGAAUGUUCAUUGAGUAUGAAAUCUAUCUACGAUGAUGAUGAUGAUGUUAAUGUUGAUGUCGUAGAAAAGAAUAAUACAUAAAAUACAUGGCAAUUUAAUUUUUUAACUUUUAGAUGUACUAUCAAGUUUCACCGACUUACUUACAACAUUUACUUGGAGAAAAUCGCAUCAGUCUGCAAGUGGUACUUGCCAAGAGUGCCUCGUGUUUAAAUCACGCAACAAAAAUCAUCAGACAAUACAAAACAAAAUAAUAAUAUUGAUUCUCUAAAAAUAUAUUUAAAUAUUUCUAUUGUUAAAAAAAUUUUUUAAAUAGAAAAAAAAAAAAAAAAACGAAAGUGAAAUGUUUUUUAAAUUAAAGUGAUUUAAUUGAUAAAUAUUAAUGAAUUUUAUUUGGCAAUUGUGUAAUCGUAAAAAUACUGGUUUUUUAUUACUUUGUUUAGCAAUAAUUUAUAUACAUUUAUUUACAAUAAAUAAUAAUAUUGAAGAAGAUAAAUUAAUUGCAAAUAAGGAAGAAGAAAAAGAAAAUAACGAGGUGGAUAAUUGUCGUGGAUUAUGUCGUCAAAUAGAAGAUUUUUACGUUCAUUUAACUGAAGCAAAUGUCAAUGUAACUAGUUGAUAAUAAUCAUGUGGAAAAUAUUGUUAUUUAAUUAUUUAAUUGCAACAAAUACAUGGGCUUUUGAAUCAUCUAAGAUUGAUCAUUCAAAUUUAUAUGAUAAUCUAAAAUCAAGGGAUGAUAGAGAAGAGCUAGUGGAUUAUGUUAGUGAGACUGAGGAUAAACCUGGUGAAGUUAGACUCAUUGGAAAAUGGAGAAAAAAUGGUGAUGCUAUUGAGCCAAAAUGGCGAGAUGGUGAUUCAUUACCACUUGUACCAUUUGAUGAUGUCAAAGAAUCACCAUUACGUCAAAGAAAAUAUUUAAAUAAUUUAAAUAAUACUGAUGGUGGUAGAAGAAUGCGUCAACGUUUUCGUAGAAUUCGUCCAGCUUCAAUAAAACGUCUCCAAUCAAAACAACAAAUUCAACAUGUUAAUGAUGAUGAUGAUGAUGAUGAUAAAAAGAUAUCAUUUCAAGUUAAUCCAAAUGAGUAUGAUUUAAAUGACGAUGAGCAUCAAAAACCUAGACCAAGAAAACGUCGUCCACCACAAAAUUAUGAAUACUCAUCAUACAAAACAACACCACCAACAAUUUCAACAAUAACAGAUAAUUAUCAAUCAUCAAAACAAAAAACAAUUGAAAAUUCAGAACUUAAGUUGUUAUUAAAAACUCAAGAAGAAGAAGGCUUAAGUUUAUCUGAAAUAUUACAACAAAAAAAUUUAAGUUUAAGUGAUCUUUUAAAGGGUAAAACAAAUGCAUUAAGUGCAUUAAAAUCACAAGAACAAUUAACAAAUAAUAAAAAUAUCAAUAAUAUUACUGAAAGACCAAAAAGAGGUAAAUUUAAUAACAUGAAAAUUCAAAGAGAACCAGAAAACAAUGAAGAUAAUGAAAAUGAAAAUUUAUCAACUCUUGUAAAAUUUACAAAUCCAAUUAUUUUGCCACAUUUUAGUGAAACAACUGAAGAACCAGUUGUGAUUGAUGAGACAACAAUUUUUAAUGAUGAAAAUUAUGAUUAUCAGCCAGUUAUAACAACAACAACAACGACAAGCAUUAAUAAUGAAGCAAUUGAAUAUUCAGAUUAUCUUAAAAAUGAAAAAAUUGAUGAUAAAAAAACAACAAUUAUUCCAAAUGCUGUUAAUAAAAAUGAAGAAUCAAAAUUAAGUAUUGAACAAUUUAUUGAUUUAAAAGAUGACAUAUCAAUAUCAACAACAAUACCAAUUGAUAAUUAUGAUAAAUUUGAUGACAUAUUAAAAUUAAAUACAACAUUAACAAAUGAAGAAAUAAAAAAUUUAAAUAAUAUAAUAACAACUGAAGAGCCACAUCCAAUAAAUCAUCAAAGAAUAUCAUCAAGUAAUAAAAUAUAUGAUAAAAUAAUAACAGAAAUAGAGCCAGAAGCAAGAGAAGAAAUAUUAGAGCUAAUUGAUAAUGAUGAAACUGGUGAAAUGUUACAACACUUGUUGGAAUCAAGAAAUAUGAGUGUUGAUGAAUUGAUAUCAUUGAGACAACGUGGAUCAAGUAGACUACAUCUAGCUCAAGUAACAUCAGCAAGAACAGCUGAUUCUAAAUUGCAUAAUGUUAAAAAAAAUAUUGAACAGAUAUUAUAUUUUAAUUUGACAUCAUCAUCAACAACAUCAACAUCAUCAACAACAACAUCAACAACAACAACAAGUAAACCAGAAGAAAUAAUUGAUUUAUUACCAAUAAAAAAUGAUAAUAAUUCACUGGAAUUUGUUGAUAUAUUAAAUGCAUUUGAUUCAUUACCAUUUGCAAUAAAAAAUUCAACAAAUAAUGAAACAAAAAUAAUUGAUAAUUAUGAUGACAAUAAUGACAAUGAAAUAUUAAAAAAUAUAAAAAAUAAUUAUAUUGAUAUUAAUGAUGAUAUUAUUGAUUUUAAAUAUAAUUAUAAAAAUAAUAAUAAUAAUAUUAAUUAUGAUAAAAUACGUCCAAGUAUAUAUGCAAGUAUUGCUAUUCUUGUUAUGACAAUAAUUGGUUUUCUUUGUAUAUUUAUUAUAUUUAAAAUACGUCAAAAACAAAAGUACAUAUAUAAUAAUGCAUUUUCAAGAAGUGUAUUUAAUACACCAACAAUAAAUGCUAGAAAAUUAUCAAAUACAAGUAGUUUAAAUACAAUAAUGGUUAAUGUUGUUACAACAUCAACAGGAAAAAAGCAACAUGUACAUGAUAACAAACGUGAAAUGAAAGAAAUUAAUCAUUCAUAUGAUGGUGAUUAUGAUUUAAAAAGUGAUAUUGAUAAUGAUUCAUUAGAUGCUAAUGACAGUUGGGAAACAAUACCUGAAUUUAUGAAAUAAAUCAAGUAAUUUUUGUAUUGGCUUGAUGAUUUUUUAUGUAUAUUUAUUUCUAUAUUGAAUAAAAGUAUUUUUAAAUAAAUAA